AUGCAUUACGGCUAUCGUUUGGAAGAAAAUCAAACGUUUUCCAAUAUUCAAGAGAAACCGAGACUGCAGAAUAGCUAUGAUUCUUAUAACAACAUACCAUGGGAACCAGAUGGAUUCUCCAAUAAAAGAUAUUACCCGAACAAAUCAUAUUACGAUAAUGGGUCCACAUACCCUAAUAGUCACAAUAAUAAUAUUUUGAUCGACAGCUACCAAGAAGACGACAAAUUUCGUGUUGCCCGCGAUUUCAUCGAUAAACAGCAAAAAGCUACCAGUAGUACCUUACCCCAUCAUUAUCCAAUGUUGCCGUCUCAUCUAACCCCAUCUAUUCCUAACACUUGCUCGCUUCCUAACCUUUAUCACCAUCACCAAAAUCAACACGUCAUUCAUAAACAUCUGCAAAAUACGGAUUAUGAUCUUAAUAUCUCCGAACGGUCCUUAGCUUCGGUUACGAAAACAGUCUUUUCCGAUAAAUCGGUUCUCCCAACCUCAAUUAACUCGAUCGUAUCUACGUUUACCGAAUCAUCAUCAUCCUACCAACUUCUCAAUAACAUUAAAAACUUCCCAAUUUUUCCGUCACCCUCUAUUAACCCGAAGACUAAAUUUGUCGCGAACGACAAUAAAAGAGUCAGGGUAAGGUCCAGAGUCAAAAAUCCCGAACUUCUAGUGAAAAUAAAAAAAGUCAGACGCAAAAAGGCUAACGACAGGGAACGUAACAGGAUGCACGGCUUGAACGAGGCCAUGGAAACGCUGAGAAGCGUCCUGCCUAAUAAUUUUAUCCUGGCCCCUAACGCCACUAACACCCUAUUCCACCAGGGAAACCAUUUUGACCACCAAGAUCACCAUUUGACUGAUACACUGUAUGAGGGUGAGGGUAAAGAAGAUCGUUUUAGCGAUUUUAUCGGAAAUGGGCUACCAUCUACCUUGCUGGAGGAGACGACAAGAAGAUUGUUACAGAGCACUAGCAGCGCAAGGGAUCACUUCUUAGAUGACACGGUGGCGAUGAUUAACGAACAACGAGUUCGAACGGCUGGGAAGGAGGAAAACGACGAGAUUGGGAGCGAGAUGAGUUCCCAUUUGGAGGAUUUGUCCAGGCAAUCGGAAUGCAGCAGUGGCUCCCAAAACUCUCCUAAAUUGACUAAAAUAGAAACCCUGCGGUUGGCUUAUAAUUACAUAUGGACUCUGACUCAAUUGCUCAAACCUAACCCUCAUGAUUCCGACUUAAGACCCUUAUAA